AAAUUGUCAAAUGUCAUCAUCCAUUCAUGUCAUUGUCAAUCUUAUUUGCAGCAAACAGUUGUGCUCAGUGAUAAAACCUUAAAAGACCUAUUGCAAAUUGCAAAUAACUAAAAAGAAAAUAUUAUAGCUAAAUAUAGCAGCCAAGUUUUUGUAUCGUAUGUUUUAUUUAUUCCAUAAAAAGAUUUGAAACCAUUUUGUAAGUUCUGUGUUUACAAAUAACAUUGUACUAGUCCAACGUUAAAAUGUCAUCUUUUAAACUAGAAGAGGAUGUGCUUACUACUCUAAAACUUCUUAUCAUUGGUGAAAGUGGUGUUGGCAAGUCAAGUCUACUACUGCGGUUUAUAGAAGAUAGAUUCGACCCUGAUCAAUCAACAACGAUUGGUGUCGAUUUCAAAACUACAAAAUUAACUAUUGAUGGAAACACAGUUAAAUUAGCUAUUUGGGACACAGCAGGCCAAGAAAGGUUUCGAACGCUUACGCCAAGCUACUACCGCGAUGCUCAAGGAGCCAUCCUCGUUUACGAUGUUACCGACAAAAACACGUUCAAUAAGCUGGAGAUGUGGCUGAAUGAACUGGAUACGUAUUCGACCAAGAGUAACAUCGUCAAAAUGUUGGUCGGCAAUAAAAUUGACAGAAGCAACAGAGAAGUGUCGAGGGAGGACGGUAUGAGGUUUGCCAAGAGGCAUGCCACGUUGUUCAUAGAGUCCAGCGUCAAAACCAAAGACGGAGUCCAGUGUUGUUUUGAAGAACUUGUCCAAAAGAUCAUCCAAACACCGGGACUUUGGGAGACGAACCCUAGCAACAAGGCCAUCUCAGUUACGGGCGGAAGUUCCGAACACGAGCCACAAUCUUGUGCGGGAUGGAACUGUAAUAUGGUGUAACAUGCGAGUUUUGUAAAUUGCAUCACAAUAUUUAUUUUUUAUGUAUAUGUGAUUUCUAAGGUAGAUUGGCCUAAGUGAUCUACAGAAAAUGGAAAUUGAAAUUGGCUUUAUCAAAAUAAGAAGAUAAUAUUGUGUGCACUGUGAUUUUUUACUGGUUAAAGGGAUCGGCUUGACUAAGAGACUAACUGAUAGACAUUCAUUUCACCUUCUUUCAAAAUAUUUAGGUAUCGCCUAGUUUCAGACACAACAAAUUUCAGUAAUUACAUUUUUUCUAGGUUUUUAUACUUUUGGCCGAUAAAACAAAUUUUUAAAACAGUUUACUGUUAAUCAGUGGGCUACGUUUUAAUUGGAGUCUAUUAAAACACUUAUUUCACUACAAUAUAAAAUCAAACUGGGUCCUUUAUUUUUAAACCUUAUGUGUAUUAUUUUAUUAUCACUUACCUACAGGUUAAAUUUUGCUCUAAAACUUUACCUGCAAUCCAACUGUUUCAAGGUUUUCAAAGCUUAUUAAAUUUGAUUUUGUUUUUUACCCUCCUUUCCCCAUUGGAGAGAUUAGUGCCUUGUAAUAGUAACUAACUGAAACUUGGUGACAAAAUAUGUUGUAUUAAACUAUUUUUAAUAAGGAAUGUGUUUAAGGUUUGAAAAAUAAAUAAAUACAUAGUUUGACAAAAAUAUAUUUAAUUUUAAUGAUAAAUAUAUACAUACGGUUUUACAGUCCAAACUGAUAUUUUUUUUACUGAUAAAUACACAAAUUCGUACAGUUAAAAAUGUUAUGUACAUCUAGCAUAGGCUAUACACAAAGCAUAGAGCAUGAACGAGGUAUUUAAAAUACAAAAGUAUUUCUAAAGCACAAGGUGUCAUCGCAGCCUGAUGGUUAUCAAAAAGUAAACAAACUUAGUGUGGUUGGUUUCUUGAUAUUGUCUGUUUGUUGAUAGUUACCUUUAUUAAAAUAGGAACAUUUUUUUUUUUAAUUACAGAUAGCUGAGAAAAAAACACAUUACUAACCUCGUUCAUGCUUCUAUACUUGUAAUAAGUUAAAUUGCAAAGCUUCACAUGAGUUUUUAUUUGAAUCUUCCAAAAUGUAUUAUGUGCAAAUAUCUUAAUCCAUAUUGUUUAAUCUUAUUGAUAUAAUUAAAUAACCCUAAGUUUAAGUUAAUAACAACCUCUCAUACACAAUGCCAAAUUUCAAGAAUACCAAAUUAUGAAAAAAAAAACAACAUUCUAAACUCUGAUAGUAGUUUAUGAUUAUUUGCUAAGUUGCAGUACCAGCUUAUUUUAAACCUAAUUAGGCCUUAUUGUACUGAAUCAAAAAUGUUAUGCUAUUCAUUUUUAAGGCUUGUAGAUUGUAAAUACAGAAUAUAACGUGUCUUUGAUAAUACAAGUAUUUUAUAUUUAACCUCCCAAUCUGUAUUGUUAAGUUGUAAAUCAAUAUAGUAAAUUUUUUUGAAAUUUUGAGAUUGCUUAACAGAAAAGGGUAAUGCUAUUUUGUGAUCUAGACAAAAAUAGUUAAUAGGUUGCAUAUGACAAUCUCUUGAAAUGUUGCCCAGCGAACUAAACAAUUAUGAGCGAUUAAGGCCACCAGGCCUAAACAUUUAUACUAUUUAUACUCUUAUCUAAGUUUAAAACCCCGCUGCAGCUAACCUGCAGACUAAGUGAAUUUCCAUUUGUCUGAUUUGA